ACCACCAUCGCCGCCACUGCACACCACGCCAAUUCCCGCCGAGAUGCGCGCAAUAGCAUACCUGCUAGCGUUUCUGCCAGCUCUAUACUACUCUGUCGACACACUCCUCCUUCGCUUCUUCAUUUUCGAUCCCGUGCGGCUGCAGCAGCUAUCGCAGGCUUCUAUCGAGAAGUUUCCUGACAAUGCCACGCUCUUGAUGGAGGACUUACAGGUAUCGCUGAGGGCGGAGUAUGGGGAGAAGCACAUCAAUUCCCUGAGGAAGGAUGCGUGGUUUUUCAAGUGAGUUUUUCCUUCUUGCGGGCUGGUUUGGGUUUGGGCGUAUGCUUAUCUGGGGGUAGUAAUGCUGGUGGUGCUAUGGUAUGUUUUUAUUUACUUGGUUGUUGUGAUGGAGCCGUUUCGCCACUGCCAUUCCAUCCCCCUGAAAACCCGAGAUGAAAGUUACUAGUCUCGGAACUCCUUGCCCGCAAGAUGGUCCUUUGGUUGAUACACUCAUUGUCUCCAGCUCCAGUUAUCGUCGGUCUACCCAAUACUUGCCCACAAACCCCAUCUUCCCCGGCAAACUAGAACCUCCCAACGAAAAAAUUGGUGUGAUUGUAGAUCAAAUGACUGUAUUGCCUGUUUGUGGUAGCGAAGCUUCUUACGAUAGCUUGGGGCUUGGAUGGUUAUGUAUGGUGCUGACAAUUUUUACCCUAGGGCUCAAUGAUUAUCCUCCACGCCUCCGUCACCGAAUACCUCAUCUUCUUCGGCACUCCUCUAGGAACGGAAGGUCACUCUGGCGUCCACCUCGCACACGACUACUUCACAAUUCUUCAUGGCGAGCAGUCUGUCUUCUAUCCCGGUGACAUCGAGCCAACAGUGUACAAACCCGGUUCGCAGAACCACCUUCCUAAGGGUCGUGCGGUUCAGUACACUCUUAAUGGAUGGGCUCUAGAGCUUGCGCAAGGUGGGUAAAUUGUUUUAUUUCAGAAAACCUGCGCUCUUGUCCAAAUUGAGCCGUUGGUGGCCUUUCGCGAAGUUAUUAAUUAAUUGGUUAAUCAGGCUGGAUCCCAUCCAUGCUUCCGUUCGGCUUCCUAGAUACAUUCACCUCGACUUUGGACUUUCAAAACCUGUGGAACACGGUUUACUGGACUGCGCACGGAAUUGUCGGACAAUUGCUUGCUGGAAAAUUCUAAACUAGCCUCUGUACUCUUUUCCCCCCCUCCUUCCUAUUUCACAACGACACCCGUAGGAGUAAUGUACCAUUAGUUAGAAGCCUGUAUCAUAUCCAUAAACCAGAUAAUGCCAAUACACUAGCGAUAGAACCAUUCUAAAAUUCCUUCCCUCAUACACAGAUUAAAUGGAAUAUCGCAGCCAACCCCUACCAUAAUCACCACAUCCCCUCCCCUCCACCUACUGUGACCUACCGCACCCACCAUACCAUCAUACGUACCAUACCACCGUACCAUACAAAAGCCAAUCCCCCCUGGCUUUGGGGCCAUGUACUGUACGGUACUUGCACGCCUUUGGCAAGAACAACGGCGAGUACCGAACUUUGGGGAAAAACAGGCAAUUAAUCGGUGCCCGGCGUUAUUCGUGGCAAAGACGUGCGAGCACUGUACUGGUACUCGUAAUGUCGUGACGUUUGUGAAAACAACCAGAACUCGCAUGAUGGUGCAUUAGGGUGCACUAGGAUGCAGGAAGGUGCAUGGAGGUGCGUGAGUGCCAUUGUUAUCGAUUGGUUAGGUUAGCAGAGGUGUUCAAUUAUAGAGAGUACCAAGAUCUCGAACUAUACAGAGUAAAUGCAAAAUUUGUCAUGCAAGUAAAAAAAGAAAUUGAAUUUUGGAAGAGGGGGAUAGAAAACCAAAAUCAACAAGUAAAAAUACAGUAGCUAGAAAUAAAUAUUAUUUCCCACAUUGUCCAUAAUACAAACCUCAAUACAGGACAAUAUGGCUUUUAAUAUGACACUAGUAGUUUAUUUACUCUUCUGAAUAGUUGUCUCUACUCCUGAGAAGAGAAGAACUUGAAGAUUGGAGAUGAUAAUAGUAU